AUGGUCGGCGCUCCUUCUGCUGCCGCCAGUUUGGUCGGCUUUCUUUCCGAGCCCGACACAGCGCUGCAGGUCUUCGCUCUGGAAGAGUUGAACAAUGACAUGGACAACAUCUGGACUGAGGUCUCGGGCUCUAUCGGCCAAAUUGAGACUCUCUACGAAGACGAAUCAUUCCCCAACCGCGAACUGGCAGCACUCGUCGCGGCCAAGGUCUACUACCAGCUCCAGGAGUAUAACGAGUCCAUGGUCUUCGCUCUCGGCGCUGGCAAGCUCUUCCGCCUUGAUCACCAGGGCGAAUUCGAAGAGACCAUUGUUGCCAAGUGCAUCGACACGUAUGUCGCUCUCUCGGCGCUUCAGAACCCUCCCGCUCCCUCGAGUUCUGUACCUUCAGCUUCUCUCACCGAAUCGUCAGUCGCCAACGGUAGUGCCAACGCCACAACUCCUUUCUCGCAAUCCUCCGCCCCGCCAAAGUCCCUUCUAUCUCGCGAAGCCGAUGGCGUCCAAGUCGAUGGAGCCGUUACCGGAGACUCUGGCUCACACCCUUCGCCCAACUCGCUUUCGCCCGCCACACAAAAGAGCCUUCACGGUGUCAUCCAGCGCAUUUUUGAGUCGUGUUAUCAGUCAGGCGCAUACCGCCAUGUCGUAGGCAUUGCCAUCGAGGCACGUAACCGCCAAGUCUUGAAGGAUGCCAUUCUGCGCUGUGGCAAGGACAAGCAAAGCACCGACGAGCUGAUGGAGUACGUGCUCAACAUCUGCAUGAAUGUGGUACAAGAGCGUGGAUUGAGAGACGAGAUCCUGCAGCUCAUUCUCGAGCUACUCAACGACAUUCCCGACCCCGACUACUUCGCCAUUGCACGAUGCGUUGUACAUCUUGGCCAGUACUCGAUGGCCAGCAACAUGCUGCGCCAGCUGGUCCAAAAGGCCGACGCAAAGUCGCUUGCCAUCGCCUACCAGUUGUCCUUCGACCUGUACGAGAACGGCACCCAGGAGUUCCUCAUCCGUGUCAUGGAGGAGUUGCCCUCGAGCGACGACAAGUCGCCCGAGCCGACAUCCGAAGGUGCGGACGAUGCUGACGAAUCUACCCAGCUUUUGUCUGAGUUGCGCAGAAGCACAGGACCUUCCGGUGCAAAGGCUAGCACGAAAGAGGAGAAGAAGGCUUUCAACUCAAUACGCGACAUCCUACGUGGCACCACCAGUAUUGAGCUGAACCUUGAAUUCCUCUUCCGCAACAGUCACACAGACAAGCACAUUCUCAACAAGGUCCGCGACAGCCUCGAGGCCCGUAACUCCAUCUUCCACACUGCAGUCACCUUCUCCAAUGCUUUCAUGAACUCUGGUACCACUGUCGACACUUUCUUCCGCGACAACCUUGAGUGGUUGGGCAAGGCUGUCAACUGGUCAAAGUUCACUGCCACCGCCGCUCUUGGUGUCAUUCACAGAGGAAACUUGGCGAACGGCCGCAAGCUUCUUGAGCCAUAUCUCCCUAAGCGCAACGCUGUUCCCGGCUCCGGCUCGCCCUACAGCCAGGGUGGUUCGCUUUACGCCCUUGGUCUUAUAUAUUCUAACCACGGCACCAACGUGCUUGACUACCUUCUCGAGCAGUUCAAGGACACUCAGGAAGAGGUCGUUCAACAUGGUGGCGCUCUUGGUCUAGGUGUUGCUGGUAUGGCCACUGGCUCUGAAGACAUCUACGAAGCUCUCAAGGGUGUUCUCUACAGCGAUUCGGCCAUUAAUGGUGAAGCCGUCGGUCUGGCCAUGGGUCUUGUCAUGCUCGGCACUGGCAACACUAGAGCUCUUGAAGACAUGAUCACAUACGCCCACGAUACACAGCACGAGAAGAUUGUACGAGGUCUUGCCAUGGGUAUGGCUUUGAUCAUGUACAACCGCCAAGAAGGUGCCGACGAACUCAUCAAUGGUCUACUCGACGACGCGGACCCGGCUUUGAGAUACGGUGGUAUCUUCACUGUCGCUUUGGCCUACUGCGGUACCAGCAGCAACAAGGCCGUCAGAAAGCUGCUCCAUGUUGCUGUCAGCGAUGUCAGUGAUGAUGUCCGCCGUGCCGCAGUCAUGUCGUUGGGCUUUGUUCUCUUCCGCAAGCCUGGUGCUGUUCCUCGCAUGGUCGAACUUCUCUCCGAGUCAUACAACCCUCACGUCAGAUAUGGUGCCACCAUGGCCCUUGGUAUCGCCUGUGCUGGAACUGGUUUGGAUGAGGCUAUCGAUCUUCUUGAGCCCAUGAUGAAGGACUCUGUCGACUUUGUCCGUCAAGGUGCUCUCAUCUCAUUGUCAAUGAUUAUGGUCCAGCAGAACGAGGCUAUGAACCCCAAGGUUGGUACCAUUCGCAAGACUCUGCAGAAGAUCAUCAGUGAUAGACACGAAGACGCCAUGUGCAAGUUCGGUUGCGCUCUGGCUCUUGGUAUCAUUGAUGCUGGUGGCCGCAACUGCACCAUUGGCCUGCAAACUCCUACCGGCAACCUCAACAUGUCCGCAAUUGUCGGUAUGGCCGUCUUCACCCAGUACUGGUACUGGUUUCCUCUUACUCACUUCCUCACUCUCUCCUUCACACCUACCGCCAUCAUCGGUGUCGACUCAGACCUCGAGAUCCCCUCAUUCAAGUUCCACAGCAACACUCGUCCCAGCGUAUUCGACUAUCCGCCCGAGGCUGAGGUCAAGGCCGAAGAGGCUCCCGAGAAGGUCAAGGCCGCCGUCUUGUCAACAACAGCACAUGCCAAGCGCAGAGAACAGGCAAAGAAGAGACAGGCUAGACGUGAGAGCAUGGAUAUUGACAUGACACCGACAACUCCCAAGGUCGAAUCCGGCGACAAGAUGGAUAUGGAUGAUAACGUCAUUGAUACAGCCAAGCUUGCCGAGGAGAAGGGCGAGGCCGCUCCCGCAGAAAGCCUCAAGAAGAAGGUUGAGCGUGAGAAGGUCGGCUACGACCUCGAGAACAUGAGCCGUGUCCUUCCUGCGCAGAUCAAGUACAUCUCGUUCUCGCAAGAUGGUCGCUACCAGCCAGUAAAGAAGCCUACUGGUGGUGUCAUCCUUCUGCACGACACACAAUCAUCUGACGACAAGUCUCUGCUCGAGCUCAAGGCUAAGAAGAAGACCAACAACGCCGCUGCAGCACCUGUGGUCGGUGGGUCAUCACAACAGCAGGAGACACCAUUUACACCUGCCCGCCAGACGGGCGAUGACGCUCUUGCCGCACUGGGCUUUGGUGCCGCAUCAGGAGUUGGUGCAGCUGCCGCAGCUGGUGUACUCAAUGCAGUUGAUGAGGACGUGGAAGGAGGCGAGGAGGCAGAAGUUCCUGAAGAGUUUGAGAUUGAGGAUGAGGACAUGGUUGAUGACGAAUAA